AAAAAAAAGAAGGAAAAUAAUAUAAUAAUAAGAGUUCGUAGCUAAUAAUUGCUCUGCCCAUCUCUAUUGUGUGGUUUACAAUGACAGACUCCUCCGCAGUGCCCAACAACAGUCUACAGGGCAAAGUAGCCAUAAUCACCGGCGGUGCAAGCGGCAUAGGCGAGGCCACGGCGCGCCUUUUUGCUCAACAUGGCACGCGCAUGGUCGUGAUCGCCGACAUCCAAGACCAACUGGGGCAUCAAGUAGCCACAUCCAUUGGCAUAGACAAGUGCAACUACGUGCACUGUGACGUUGCCGACGAGGACCAAGUCAAAACCAUGGUGGAAUCUACCGUCCAGAAACACGGCCAGCUCGACAUCAUGUUUAGCAACGCUGGGAUUCUAAGUGCCUCCGAUCAGACUGUCCUUGAGCUUGACUUUUUGCAGUUUGACCGACUGUUCGCAGUCAACGCCCGAGGCAUGGCAUUGUGCGUGAAACACGCGGCGCGUGUGAUGGUCGAAGGGCGCGUGAGGGGGAAUAUCGUGUGCACGGGGAGCGUGGCAGCUAGCCACGGCGGCAAGAGGCGAACUGAUUACUGCAUGUCGAAGCACGCAGUGCUGGGGCUGGUUCGAUCGGCGAGCGUGCAGCUUGGGGUGCACGGGAUUAGGGUGAACUGCGUGUCACCGAAUGCGCUGGCGACGCCUUUGACGAUCCAGGCGCUAGGGAAGAGCGCGGGGGAGAUUGAGAAGGCGUAUGAGACAUACGCGAGGUUGAAAGGGGCUGUGCUGAACGUGAAGGAUAUCGCAGAUGCUGUGCUGUUCCUUGCACGUAAUGAGUUUGUGACAGGACAUGAUCUCUUAGUGGAUGGUAGCUUCGUGUCUCAGUAGUUAGACGGUGAGCAAUGCCUUGGCCCUUGGCAAUAAACUGUUGUAUAUCAUUAUUUGAUUUCCGUACCCCACCCGUGACUUUUGAAUAAUAAAAGUAAUUUUUUUAAUAAAAAAGUGACUUUUAAUGUCAUAUCAUAAGUCACUUUUUAUUAAAAAUUAUUUUUUAUUCAAAAGUAACGGUGAAACCGUCCCAUGAAUCACUCUCCUAUUUAAAAUUU